AUGGGAGACGCUUUAGUAUCUCGAGGACGACUCGUCGGCCAUUCAGGAUGGGUCACAGCAAUUGCUACAUCUCCUGAAUCCCCUGAUAUGAUCAUCUCUGCUUCUCGUGACAAGACAAUCAUUGUAUGGCACCUUACUCGCGACCAAGAAUCAUACGGUGUACCACGAAGAGCCUUGACUGGUCACAACCACUUUGUACAAGAUGUAGUAUUGUCGUCUGAUGGUCAAUUUGCCUUGUCUGCCUCAUGGGACAAGACACUACGAUUGUGGGAUUUAAACACAGGAAAAACAACAAAGAGAUUCGUAGGCCACACCAAAGAUGUAUUGUCCGUAUCCUUCUCACCAGACAACCGUCAAAUCGUCUCUGGUUCUCGUGACCGAACAAUCAAGUUAUGGAACACUUUGGGUGAAUGUAAAGUCAACAUUGUAGAAGAUGGUCACUCCGAAUGGGUGUCCUGUGUCCGAUUCUCGCCAAACCCUGCCAACCCCGUCAUUGUAUCAAGUGGUUGGGACAAGUUGGUCAAGGUUUGGGACUUGAACAAACUCAAACUCAAGACCAACCACUACGGCCACACUGGAUAUAUCUCAACAGUGACCAUCUCCCCCGAUGGUUCAUUGUGUGCUACAGGUGGUAAAGACGGUGUAACCAUGUUGUGGGAUUUGAAUGAAGCCAAGCACUUGUACUCUUUGGAAGCCAACGACACUGUCAACGCUCUCUGCUUCUCACCAAAUCGAUACUGGUUAUGUGCUGCUACUGGCAAGGGUAUUACUAUUUGGGAUUUGGAAACAAAGACGGUAGUCAUUAACCUCAACCCUGAAUUCGAGGCUGCUGGCAAGAGAGCAUUGGCUCCAUCAUGUAUCUCAUUAGCUUGGAGUGCCGAUGGUCAAACACUCUUCUCUGGAUAUACAGACAACAUCAUCUAUGUAUGGGAAGUGGUGCGAGCCGCUUAG